UGCUGGUGGGGUGUAUGUAUAUAUAAAUCACAACAUUUGACAGCCGACAUUUGCAGUAGUAGUAUUGUAUGAUCAUCAUCAUCAUCAUCAUCAAGAGAUCGAGAGCAUGAAGAAGAAGAAGAUGAUUUCCAUAAGCCUCCUGCUUACUUUCUCCCUCGCAAUUGCAUUGCUCAUUGUGUUCAUCUCAAUACUACAACCCGAGCACUUACAUGUAAUGGAAUAUUACGACGUCCGAGUGGUCAACGGCUUCACAGACAACUCGUCUCUGCCUUUGGUCAUAUGGUGCGCAUCAAAAGACAGUGAUCUCGGGGGACGUGCGCUCCAAGAGCGCGACGACUUCAGCUGGCAGCUAUCCACCAACUUCUGGAGCGCCACCCAUUUCUCGUGCACUAUCAAAUGGGACCAAAAGAGGAAGAGUUUCGACGCCUUUAAGGCUCCCAGGGAUGCCUACCGCUGCAGCCCCCUCAGGAGGUGCUCUUGGCUCGUCAAAGAGGAUGGCUUUUACUUCAGCAAUGAUGAUGUCCAUUGGAGAAAAGACUUCUCAUGGUAGCUACCUCUUUCGCAUAUGUUUUAUCUUAAUUUCACUCAAUUUUUAUAUGGAAAUUAAUGGAAUCAUCAUAUAUAU